CUUUGUGGCAGGUGUUUCAGCGGGAGCUCUCGGCUGGACAGACACAUGAGGAUCCACACGGGGGACAGACCCUUCAGCUGCUCUGUGUGCAGCAAACGCUUCAACCAGCAGGAGCACCUGAGCCGACACAUGGUGACGCACAGCGGGGAGAAGCCGCACGGCUGCAGCGAGUGUGGAAAAGGAUUCACACAGGUGAACGACCUGAAGGUCCACAUGAGACGUCACACCGGAGAGAAACCCUACAGCUGCAGCGCCUGUGGGACGAGCUUUCACCGCCGGGACUGGCUCAGGAGACACCGGUGUGGCGGCGAGCCGACAGAGGGGAAACCUCACGGCUGCGGCGCGAGCGACGGGACGGACGCAGCCGUCCACGGCGGGGAGAAAGCGUUCAGCUGCAGCGUGUGCUGGAAGAGAUUCUGCAGCAAGAGAGACACGCUGAGACACAUGAGGACGCACACGGGGGACAAACCCUUCAGCUGCUGCGUCUGCAGCAACACUUUCAGACAGAAGUCACACUUGUCCUUACACAUGAGGACGCACACCGGGGAGAAACCCUACAGCUGCAGCGCCUGUGGGCGGAGCUUCAACCGGCAGGGACACCUCAGAGGACACAAGUGUGCCGGCAAGAGACGGACCGGAGAAACGCCAUGACGUCCAGCGGUUUAGCGGCCUGUGUGUG